AUGGAGCAGUCUCUAGAUGAACUGGAGUUCUCCCGCAGCGCCUGUGCCGCGGCUCAAGAUGGCGACGUGGCAAAGCUGCGCAGGAUUCUUCAACGCAAUCCUGCAGCAAUCUCCGGUGGCAGCUAUACUCCCCUACAUUACGCCGCGCGUGGAGGUCACUUAGAGGCGGUGGAACUGCUGCUUCGGAGUGGUGCUGACCCCAAUGCUGCGACACGGGGUAUGCGCGCCACUCCCCUCCACCGCGCUGCGGGUCAGGGGCACUUGAAGGUGGUGGAGAGGCUCCUUACCGCGGGUGCCGACCCGGAAGCUGUGGAUUGCGACCUGGAGACCCCCCUGCAUAAGGCAGCUGCGCAGGGCCAUGGCGGGGUUUGUCGUGUAUUGCUCUCCCGCGGCCCCCGGUCGGCGGAGGUGGAAGACAAGGGGGGUAGGACUGCCGUACAGAGAGCUACAGGUGGGUGCGGGUUUGGGGUGAGGGGGUUGGUGGGGGAGAUAGGGGUAUGGGGGGGGGCUGGUUAA